AUGGCUCGAACAAUGGAUCCGGCCACAUCGAACUCGCCGUUCGCCACAACUUGGACACAAGAUUCGUGGUAUAAUGUGUAUUCGUGGGUCAAUUCACAGGUUAGUCAAAGGGGACUAUUUAGAGAGUGAGGGAUGAUGAGAGACGCAGAAGACUGAAAUGAGCAAUGGAAGAAUAAGGCUGACCUUAGAGAGCAUAUAAGAGACGCAGAGAAACUUCUUGAAGGAAUGCUCAGGUUAACAAAGAUCACGGAAAGUUAAAAACUCGUGUGAGGUCUGGACGAGCUAUUCUCAGACUAACCUGAGCAAUCGGCCAAGAGAGCAUGAGAUAGUGAGAGACACAGAGACAUCACUCAGGUUAGAAAGGCUUUUCUUGCCACGUGGCAUGCACUAAAAAUUUCGAAAUUCAUUUUUUUUGUUAUUGAUAACAAGUGCAAUGUGGCAUACUUUAGAAUUUCUAACUUUUUUUGUUUGAAAAAAAAUCGUUUCAAAAAUUUUGAAAGUUUGACCUUUGCCACGUGGAUUUUUCUCCAAAAAAUUUCGAAACCCAAAUUUUUCGCGCAGUGAAAAUUCGUCAUAUUUCGCAAUUUCUGACUCAAAAAAAAUCCACGUGGCUCUAAACUUUUAGUUUUAAAAAAUCUGGAAAUUUCUGAUUUUUCUGAACGAGCCACGUGGAUUUUUCAGGAAAGCUCUAAAUUUCAUCACAACCCAAUUUUCGAGCUGAAAAAUCCACGUGGCUCCAAAAAUUUCUGGAAAUUCCUCAGUUUCUGAAGGUUUUUCUCUCAAGAGCAAAGCCACGUGAAUUUUUUAAAAUUUAAAAUCUUUUUAAAAAUCCAAUUUUCCGCGUCCUUUUCCAUGUUUAGCUCGAAUAUGUCGCCAUUUCUCAAAAAUAUCAACAUUUCCGCUUCAGCCACCGGAAAUUAAAACAUUUCCAUGAUUAUUUUCAUAUUCCUUCUCAUAUUCAAAAUAUGUCCACCUAUCGAGAGAGUAUAAGAAAAUCGAGAGACGCAGAGUGAGUUCCAAGCGAUUUUCCCACGCUCUCCGAACCUUCUCUGCGUCUCUGCUCUUUCUUGCAAAAAACACACACACAACAUGAAAAAUAAUAGAAUAUUAAAAAAUGGGCGUGUCGUGGGCGCGGUGCCAGGUACGUUCAUUUUUUCUUUUCGGCCUCUGGCCUUGUGCCAAGAUGAUGAAAAAAAAUUUCGAAGGGAGGAAGAAAGAAGAAAAGUUUUUCUUCUUCUCUAUUUUGUGUGUCGCGCACACACACACAAAAACUUUUUUUUUGCAUUCAUUCAUUCAUUCAAGGUGAACACGAACACGAAGUGGUACUGAAAAAUAUUUACAAAAAAAAAAGAACUGACAAGACAAAUUAAAUGCGUCACACAAAAAUAGAAGUUUUUUGGUCUUUUGAAUAAUAUGAGAAGUGGUAGUGGUUUGAGUAUGGAGUGAGGGGUCCGGGGUUCGACGCCGGAUGCCCGCGAGAUUUUUUUCAAAGAGUGUACAUAGAUGGCAAGCUUCCGCGCUGAGAGAGACUAAAAAAAACUUCGGAAAAAUUUUGGUGAGCCGGAAAUGCCACGUGGCAAAACUCUAGAUUUCACAUUCCUAUCUACAGCGAAGUGAGAGAGAGAGAGAGAGAGCAUAGAAAAUUGAGAGACGCAGGUCUUAACAUCUUCUAUUUUCAGUCAAACGACAGUGAAACCACCGACAGCAGUGUUCGCUCGUCGACCUCCUCUUCCCAACCACAAACCUCACCAGCACUUCAACUCGACGAUCAUCCAUUGCUCAGCGAUCGUCCAUCGCCAGUCUUCUUCAACAAUUCCAGCAGUGUUAACAAUCUUCCAAGUUACUUACACCAACAACAACCUGGUGCAAGCCUGAACACUGAGAAAUAUGAGAUUGAUACUUGGAAUAAUCCACCAGAAUCGGAUUAUAAUUUGAUUCAUGAACUUUUGAAGUUGAAUUUGAAUACUUCGAAUGCGAACACACAGAUUCCACAGCCAAUUCAGCAGGUUACACCUCCACCUAUGCCAGCGAAUAAUUCGCCGUGGUCUCUGCCACCAGAUGAUUCACUUUUCUCACAGCUUUAUCAUCAGCAGCAACAGCAGAAUCAACAACUUCAGGAACAACAAAGGAUUCAGAGCCCCGUUACUACUAAAAAUGAGCAAUGGGCUGUAAUGCGAUAUAAUAUGAUGAUGCAGUUGCAAACAAAGUUGGAUGAAACAACUGAGGAAUAUCGACAACUCGAAAAAGAGCGAAAACAAACCGAAGCCGAACUCGCUCGACACAACUUGGGAAAGAAAAUCUCAUCAUCAAAUGGCCUUCCGAUUCCACGACUUCCAACCGCGCCAUCACGCGUCGAUCGCUUGAUCGUUGACUUUUUCCGCGAACACGCGAGAAUCAGCACACUUUUGGCGAAGAUGGAACAAUUGCGCGGUGGACAGAUUAUGCCGAUGGAAGUGCAUCGAACAUUGGCGGAUUUGUUGGAUGCUGUCAGCUUGUUGCAGCAUAAUCGGAAUCAUGAGAGAGCCGCGAUUUUGCAACAGUUGAGAGGAGAGAAUGUACAUUAUGAUGAGGAGAAAGGUUUGUUUUGGGAGGGUAAAAACCUUAAUUCUAGCUAGAAAUCUAGUUCGUUUAGCCAGAAAUCCACGAUUUCAGUCAGAAAUCACCAGCUUUCAGUGAAAAGAUAAAAAUCUUGAAAUUUUCCUGAUUUUUAGCUCAGCUCAAAAAUCAUAACUUUCAUUUGAAAAUCCGAAAUUCUCCACGAACUUUACGUUAGAAAUAAACUAAAAAUGACAAAAUCGUCCGAUAAAAAUUCCACGUCACCAUUUGUCAGAUUCUCUGCGUUUCUACCCUUCAAAUGCUCUCUAGCAAAGCUCAGAGAGUAUUGGAAGGUUGGAGACGUAGAGAAAUGAUUUCAUGAUUAAAAAACAAAAUAAAAUAAAUUUCAAAACAAAAUAAAAAAUCUUCCAGAAUCCGCUGAACUUUGCAACGCCCUUCAUUUGGUCCGCCACGCGGCAACCCGUGUCCGCGCCGCCAAUUGGUGUUCCCUUAUCACAACCCUCACCCCACUCGACGCCCAACAAAAAUCUCAACUCGAUCGAAUCGUCGAAAGCGGUUACACGAUAUCACCACCACCAAUUCGCCCAAGACCCAUUAAUAUUUGA